UUGUCAAGGGAAGGGGAGGCGAGGCAGGACUCCGGCGUGGGGAGGGUUCUGCCGCCCGCGCUGACACAGGGGCCAGGCGGGGUUCAGAGCGCUUGUCGCGGCUGGUCCUGACCCGCGGCUGAGAUAUGAGCGAGAGUCUGGAGCCAGGAGUUGGGGGUCAGGGGCAGGGGAAAGAGGAGGCGAGGGACGGCGAACCGGCCCGUCAGCCUCUGACAGAGAGCAAGGAGGCGCUGAAUGGUGAGGUGGGAGCGAACUCGGAGACCCAGCUGCGUCUGGCAGGGGGAGAGACCACCCAUAACCAUGAUCCCGGCGGUGGGCCUCCUUCUACCCCCGACCCGGGGACGGCGCCCGGACAGGUCGACCCUCCCGAGGGGGGCUGGGGCUGGGUGGUGAUGUUGGCUUCCAUGUGGUGUAACGGCUCGGUCUUUGGCAUCCAGAACUCUUUCGGGCUACUGUAUCUGUCCCUGCUGGAAAAUUUCGGGGGCACAGAAGACAAACAUCUGCAGUUUAAGACAGGAGGUGAGGGCGCUCAAGACCUGUCACAGUUGUCGAGCAUCUCUCUGCGAUUCGAGUUUAGCCCAGAACUACCACUUUGA